AUGAAACGACUGCAGUCAAAUGAUGAUGAUGAUGAUGAUGAUGAUGAUGAUGAUGAUGAUGAUGAUGAUGAUGAUGAUGAUGAUGAUGAUGAUGAUGAUGAUGAUGAUGAUGAUGAUGAUGAUGAUGAUGAUGAUGAUGAUGAUGAUGAUGAUGAUGAUGAUGAUGAUGAUGAUGAUGAUGAUGAUGAUGAUGAUGAUGAUGAUGAUGAUGAUGAUGAUGAUGAUGAUGAUGAUGAUGAUGAUGAUGAUGAUGAUGAUGAUGAUGAUGAUGAUGAUGAUGAUGAUGAUGAUGAUGAUGAUGAUGAUGAUGAUGAUGAUGAUGAUGAUGAUGAUGAUGAUGAUGAUGAUGAUGAUGAUGAUGAUGAUGAUGAUGAUGAUGAUGAUGAUGAUGAUGAUGAUGAUGAUGAUGAUGAUGAUGAUGAUGAUGAUGAUGAUGAUGAUGAUGAUGAUGAUGAUGAUGAUGAUGAUGAUGAUGAUGAUGAUGAUGAUGAUGAUGAUGAUGAUGAUGAUGAUGAUGAUGAUGAUGAUGAUGAUGAUGAUGAUGAUGAUGAUGAUGAUGAUGAUGAUGAUGAUGAUGAUGAUGAUGAUGAUGAUGAUGAUGAUGAUGAUGAUGAUGAUGAUGAUGAUGAUGAUGAUGAUGAUGAUGAUGAUGAUGAUGAUGAUGAUGAUGAUGAUGAUGAUGAUGAUGAUGAUGAUGAUGAUGAUGAUGAUAAGAAUCAAGAAAGGAGUAUGAAAAUGUAG